ACCCUCCUUGGUCAUUGUGUGGUGGGUUAUAUAUGCACAAGCCAGUAGUAGUUCAGCGCACUGCACCCAGCUCUUGCUCACCGAGUCUUUCGUCAUUGUCCAGCCAUGCCAAUUCCAUGCUUAAACUUGAGACAGAGAUGUUUGAGAAAUACUUCAAUCGGAUGGAAACAAAGGAAGCGGCACCUGAGAAACACGGCUCUUCACCAGACCUGGGGCAAGUGCAACACACGCGAGGCAGGCGCAAGUCGAAGUCCCGGUUAACAGCAGACCGACUGAUAUGCCUGACAGUGGAGCAGAAAUGCGACCUAGCGCAGCGGGAGCUGGAAGAGACUAAAGAAGACAUUCGGCAGAUGAAAGAGAACUCCGAAAGGAAGUUGCAGAACUACAUGGCCAUCCUGGAGGAAGCAGACAUCCGCAUGGCCGACAUCAGGCGGGCCAUGGUGGACUUUGACAAGGACAUCGUCAGGGCCAUAACCAAGAAGAAGGGGAGCGUCAUCGCCUCCGAGAAGGUGCUGCGCUACAUGGAGGACAAGAUACGCAGCAGGGAUGUGCAAAAAGAGAAAAUCCGCUUGAAAAAUGAUUCUCUGAAGGCUCAGAAGAAGAAGCUGCAGCUGCAGCUCAAGCAGAAGGAGGAGCUGGGAGAGGCACUUCACGAGGUCGAUUUCCAGCAGCUGAAAAUUGAGAAUGCCCAGUUCCUGGAGAAGAUCGAUGAGCGAAACCAGGACCUGCUGCAGCUGAAGCUGACGGUGGGCAGCGCACUCCAGAUCCUCAACUUCUAUAAAAAGAAGCUGCAGAAUGCAACAGCCAUGGCCACCCUGCUGGUGAAAGACCAUGCCCAGAGAAAGGAGUCCCUGGAAAAAAUUGUACGUGAAACCACCAUUGCGGAGGAGGAGCGGAAGGCAGCCGAGGCCUUGAACAAACAGCUCCGGAGGCAGCUGGCAGAGUACAGAGUGCCCCCGGUCCUCAACUACGUCCAUGAGAAGAUGGCAGUCCAUGGACUUGAGAACACCAUCAAGAUCUGGGAGAGGAAGGUGGAAAUUGCGCAGAUGGCUCUGCAGAGCUACCGCAGCAUCUGGCGCAAGGCCGGGCUGGCUAGUCGGCAGCUGCAGGCGCUGCUCCCGGAGCAAAGCAUCCACUGAGGAGCCCGGGGUGCGGAGCCUGGCGUGGGAGGCAGCGGGAUCACACUUCCCCGGCCUCACUGCUCCCUCCCGGCGGGGGCCUUUCACACGGCCCCUGCCGCUUUUGCCCCUUUCCCUUUUCUGUCUGCACCCGAGGAGUCGCACUAUAGAAAUCAAUGUGGCCACACGGAGCCUUUCUUGGUGUUGUGUCGUAUCAAUGGGGGCUGCGAAGACGGUGCCUAAGGAGGGCAUUGUGUUUAAUUUCUUGGGGAAGGGGAGAGGUGGGCACCACAGGGCCUGAAUUGCGUCCCGGCUGUGCAGAGAAUUCCCCACCGGGCACCCUCAGGCUGUUUCGGCCCACUUGGCCAUCCAGCAGCUCAGAAAGUGGAGCAGGAGGCUCCCAGAAAUCGCCCCUCGGAGACCCCCAGGCUGCCCUGGCAUCCCCAUAGAAAUGGGGAUCUCCUCUCCACUGUAGUAGUCGUAGUAGAGAGGGUUAGGCAGGGCCCGGGGGGCACCGGGCAGACUCGGGCGCUCCUGGCCGUUUUCCCCGGACUGCCUCGUGUCGGGAAGGCUGGAGUCGUCCUCUGGGAAGUUGGCGGAGUUCA